UGUCCACAUGUUGAUUUCUCAUACUCCAAUGAAUUUCUUCACGGAGUCACUCCACCUUUUCCAGUUCAAAAGCUCACUAUUAUAACCAUCAACCACCACCAAUUUGUGGAGUUAAAAUUAAAAAAAAUUAAAACUAACUGAAGUAAAAUUUCCACACGCCUACCGACACGCCCGCCCGCCCUUAAAUCACCCCUUCUUCAGAAUUUACUCUGCUUAAUUGAAAAUCGCAUCAGAAAUGGAGUCAAGCUCUGGCUCCACCAACCACUCCGUCAGAGGAUUACCGACGCACGGCGGACGUUAUGUACAGUAUAAUAUUUACGGCAAUCUGUUUGAAGUUUCUACUAAGUAUGUUCCUCCUAUUCGUCCUGUCGGUCGAGGCGCUUACGGUAUAGUUUGUGCUGCUAAAAACGCGGAGACGCAAGAGGAAGUUGCCAUUAAGAAGAUUGGCAAUGCUUUUGAUAACCGGAUAGAUGCGAAAAGGACUUUGCGAGAGAUUAAGCUUCUUCGCCACAUGGAUCAUGAAAAUAUUGUUGCUAUCAAGGACAUCAUACGACCUCCACAGAAGGAGAAUUUCAAUGAUGUGUACAUUGUUUAUGAAUUGCUGGACACUGAUCUUCAUCACAUAAUACGUUCUAAUCAAUCCUUGACAGAUGAUCAUUGUCGGUAUUUUCUCUAUCAAUUGCUGCGAGGGCUCAAAUAUGUACAUUCAGCACAUGUUUUGCAUCGUGAUCUAAAGCCUAGCAAUUUGCUCUUGAAUGCUAAUUGUGACCUUAAGAUUGCGGAUUUUGGUCUUGCAAGGACAACAUCUGAAACAGAUUUCAUGACCGAGUAUGUUGUUACUCGUUGGUAUCGAGCUCCAGAAUUACUGCUUAAUUGUUCGGAGUACACUGCAGCAAUUGAUAUAUGGUCAGUGGGUUGUAUAUUAGGUGAAAUAAUGACCAGGGAACCAUUGUUUCCUGGAAAAGACUAUGUUCAUCAGCUAAGGCUUAUAACAGAGCUCAUAGGCUCGCCAGACGAUGAUAGCCUCGGUUUCCUUCGGAGUGACAAUGCUCGAAGAUAUGUGAGGCUGCUUCCACAGUACCCAAGGCAAAAUUUUGCGGCUAGAUUUCCUAACGUGUCUCCAGGUGCUAUUGAUCUGUUAGAGAGGAUGCUAUUCUUUGAUCCUAACAGGCGCAUCACUGUUGAUGAGGCGUUGUGCCAUCCUUACUUGGCACCGCUUCAUGAUAUCAACGAGGAGCCUAUAUGCGCAAUGCCUUUCAACUUUGAUUUUGAGCAGCCAUCGUUUACCGAGGAAAAUAUCAAGGAGCUUAUCUGGAGGGAAUCCGUAAAAUUCAAUCCCGAUCCCUGAUAUUUAGGUGAAAAUGUAUUGUAUACUUUUAGUGAAAUAUGGAUAUAAAUCCAAUAAUCAUCAUGGUUACAUAAACCGUCAUAGCCUUUGCAAAAAGAAGAUACAAAUGCACUGGGUGAAUUGCGAUUCACUCACUUCUUACAAAGAGUUUGUUAAAAUUCAUCUUGGGUUAUUUGUGUUAUUGAAGUGCCUGAGAUGGAGGAUAUGUUGUGUUCACCUUGAUCCGUGUAAGAGUUUAAUUCAGAGUUAUAGAGGCACACCGAUUUGAAUUUGGAUGUAGGUAACUAUCGGGCUGCCUAAAUUGCAUGACCGAGUUUAAUUCAGAGUUUAAUUCCUGGUUUUUACUCUUAGAAGCUUGAUUUGAAUUUGGAUGUAGGUAACUAUCGAGUUUAAUUCCUGGUUUUUACUCUUAGAAGCUUGAUUUGAAUGUAAGAACUUCUUUGAUUUGCUAGGUUUAUAAAUUUAUGUUGCCUUUUUAACAUGUAA